AAGAAUUAUAAAGAAUAUUGAAAUACUUAUGGGAAAGUUUUGAAUUCCCAAAAAAGAAAAUAAAGGAAAUAAAAGGAAAUACAACAACAACAGCAAAGAAAAACUUGCGCAACAAAAACUUUUAGUUUGGCAAUAAAAAGCAAUAGCAGCCAAGUGCAACAGCAACAGCAGCAGCAGCAAACAAAGAAACAAGAAAAAAGAAACUAGCAAAGAGAGCUGAAACAAAUACAACAUGGGAAAAAAGAGCUCCAAGUUGAAACAGGAUACCAUCGAUCGCUUAACAACGGACACAUAUUUCACAGAGAAAGAAAUACGUCAAUGGCACAAAGGAUUUCUCAAAGACUGUCCCAAUGGCCUUCUAACAGAGCAGGGCUUCAUAAAAAUCUACAAACAGUUUUUCCCACAAGGCGAUCCGAGUAAAUUUGCCUCGCUCGUCUUUCGGGUCUUUGAUGAAAACAAUGAUGGCUCCAUUGAGUUUGAGGAGUUCAUACGCGCCCUUUCCGUCACAUCGAAGGGAAAUCUGGACGAAAAACUGCAAUGGGCCUUUCGACUUUAUGACGUGGAUAACGAUGGGUAUAUAACGCGCGAGGAGAUGUACAACAUUGUGGAUGCAAUCUACCAGAUGGUGGGCCAGCAGCCGCAGUCGGAGGACGAGAACACGCCGCAGAAGCGCGUUGACAAGAUCUUCGAUCAGAUGGAUAAGAAUCAUGAUGGAAAAUUAACAUUAGAAGAAUUUCGUGAGGGUAGUAAAGCUGAUCCACGUAUAGUUCAGGCGUUAAGUUUAGGUGGUGGCUAAACGGAUAGCCGUGACCCCCAACAAACAGACCCGAUUUCAGCCCAAACAAAAAAAAUAAGCACGUAUUAAACCAACAUUAAGACCGAACCCAGAAAGCUAUAGCCGGAGGAGACUCGACUCGACUCGACUCCCCCCUCUUUACUUGCAAUUUUCCCUACGCUUUUCUCGAUUGCCGAUUCACGGUAACCGAUAACCGACUACCGAUUACCGACUACCGAUUCCUGUUUUCCCAUUCUCGAUUUCGCGCGUCAAAUGAUACACACAUUGAAGAUGAUAAUAAUUUUUCAUAUAUAGAUGCAUAACGAAAAUGGAUAACUGAAUGACAUACAAAAAAAAAGCAAGAAGCAAGAAGUAAAAAGCAAAAAGCAGAAUGGCGAAAAAGAUAAUGAAAAUUCAUUAUAAAAUAUACACAAGAAUACAAACAAAAUAUAUAGAAAAUCGUGGUGUAGUCCAAUCGCAGUUCAGAGCCUACAGGAAAAAAGUAAAAGUAAAAAAUAUUUAUUUAUUUAACUUUAAACUUGAAAGGUGGAGGAGGUGCAAAUCUUUUUUUUUUCGAAGCAUACACCAAUUACGAGUAAUUAAACUGCGAACACGAAUAAAUCUGCAUAGUUGUACUAACUAUAAUUGUAGCCGAGCUAAGCCUACGAAUCAAUCGCGUCUACUUCAGCGAGUGCAGCCUUCGAGAUACAUUCACGAAACGAACUAAACGAAUCUUAACUACAACUACAACUACAACUACAAAUAAAACUAAAACUAAAACUAAAUUAACUCAACUAAUUCAGACAGUAAUUGGAACAGCCGUCAAGUCUCUUACACCUAAGCAGCAGCGACUAUAUACACUCCAAUAUCUAAAUAUAUAUAUACAUGUAAGAGAGGACAGUUUGAUUAGAGAACAGGUGGACAGGCAGGUGGACGGAUGGGGGAGGAACAUAACUUAAUAGAUUCAACCCAAAUCGAAUUAAGGACUUUAGGAAGUAUAAAUAGAAACAGAUAAAGUUACAGAUACAGAUACAGAUACAGAUAGGUGAAUAGUGCUACCAGCUGCUACCCUACAACUCCCUCUCACUCCCCCUCAAUUUCAUUAUAUGUAUCUCCCUAUGUCUCGCUCUCUCUAUCUCUUUCUUACAAAGACUCCCUUCAGAGAGAUGCCCCUACAGCUAUGAGUCGCACUGUAAUUUCGCCUUGCCAGAAUUCUGAGCAGCUGUGAGUGCAAGAAGUGUUGCAUACUAAGAGGCAUAUUUGCUUUUAUUUGCUCCCUAUUUCUCUCUCUCUCUCUCUCUCCGCUUUCUCUCCCUCUAUCUCUCUCUCUCUCUCUCUCUCUCUGUCUGUAACUCUCUCUCUUUUACCUGCUUUGCCUUGAUUUCCGUUAACAACAAUAACAACCACAGCCACAACAGUUACAAAAAAAUAACAAAACACAACAAAACACAUUGACAAUAGAGCCAGCCGUUGGCCGAUGGAAACAUCUGAGAAAUGCGGCGGCGGCCAUCAUUAAAUGAUAACAAAAAAAAAUCAAACAACGCACAGUCUCAGCUAGGAACAACAAAAGCUUGAUAAAGCCACAUCCAGCAUGAACAUAUAUACAAUAUAUAUUCCACCAUAUUUAUAUAUAUAUGUAUUUAUAUGUAUAUACUUUUACUACUCUACAAGAGCCGAGCUGCAGCAGUCAUCAGGCAAGAACAAGAAAAAAAAGAGUGAGGAGAAGAAUACGAAUAUAACAAAGAAAAUCGACAACAAAAAUCCAUCAUACGAUUUAAUUUCUAUUCUAUAUGCGGUUCAGCUUUAUUAUUGCAUUGAUUUUGAUAAACCAGUUAACCCCUUCUAACUAUUCCGAUAACUAUCUAUACAGACGGGUCCUGCCGAUCACAAUUGCUUACUUACGCACACGAGUCGAAUGUACAUACAUAUUCCACUCUUAAUAAUCACAUUUUAGCUACCAGACACAACAUACUCUCUAUACUACAUAUAUAAGAUAUUUUCAUCUCCUUUUUUUCCUUUUCCUUUUCCUUUUCGUUUCCGUUUCCCUUUUUGUAUUAAUUCUUUUCCGCUUUGCAUUGCUUUCUCAAAUCUAUCAAAAGUUUAACCUUGCUUAUCUCUUAUCUUUUUCCAACUAUUUGCCUAUCUUUCUGUAAAUUAUUUUCAAGCUCGACUUAUUCGGAAAUGAAAUGGAACUAAAUUUAACAAAAAAAAAAUAUGCCAUGCCACUAACCUAAAACUCCUCCCCCCCCACCACAACACACCCAAACACACACCUACGCAUACACGCACACACAUAUACAGACAUGUAUGUGUAUAUAUAUUUAUGACUUAAACUUAAAUAUACUCUAAACAGUAAGCACUGCAAUACCUAUAACGAAAACUAAAGAAAAAAAAAACAAAAACGAAAAACGAAUACCGCUUCUAUAAACCUCACUGAAAUUCUUCGAUAAAAAUUCUAAGAAAAUACACGCUAACACAAACAAACACUUGUACGAAUACGAGUACGAGUACGAGUAUAUAUACACGAGUACGAUUAUAUUAUAUAUUAUGACAAUGACAAACAAAAUGGAUAUGCGAAAACCCUAAUCAAUAAUUAAAUAAUUCGAAAGUGAUAUAGCUGACAAAACAAAUGUGUCUGUAGUCUAGUAGUUAAAAGCAAAUUGAAAACAAACAAAAAAAUGCCACAAAAAAAAGUAUACAAAAAUUAACAAAAAAAUAUAUAUGAUAUGACAAUGGAAUUACUAUGAGUAUGACGGGGAUGGGCAGUUUUCACGUUGUAUUUUUUAUUGUAAGGAGAGGUCAAGAAACUCGAAAAUAAAAGCAAAAUCAAACUGUAAAUAACACUGAGUGAAUCACGCGCACACCGACAGCACACAAACACACACACACAAACACACACACACACACAUAUAUACCCACAGACACUGAUAUACAAUUAAACAUAGAUGCAUAGAUUGAACACCAAUUACGAAAAGAAUUAUACUGCAUAAGUUUGUGAACACAAAUAUAAGUAACAGCAACAGCAACAACAACAAAAACAACAAAAUGAAAAAGAUAAAACGAUAAAACAUAAAAUGAUAAAAGAUAAUUCAGAAAAAGUAAACCUGCAAGAGCAAGGUAUUUUUUUGGGAUUGGAUCGAAUCAAGUCAAUUGUAAAACCGGCUAUGGGAAUAUUUCUAAUAAUUUACAAUGGAAAGGCGAGGGAGGUGGAUCGAUCCUCAGCAGCAGAUCCAGAUCCAGAUCCACAGAUACUCAUCUACGAGAUGCAGAUGAGUUUCUUUCCACCGCCGUUGACAAAACCACAUGAAUGUCAAGUUAAACGUUUCACAAGCAAUAUUUUACAUACUUAUAUACAUGCAUUAUAUACACAUACAUAUAUAUAUAUAUAUAUAUGAAAAUAAAUAUACGAUAAUAACUAUAUACAUUAUAUACACACUCCGAAAUAAUGAGUCAAACAGCAACUAGAUACUAAUAAUAAUAAUAAUACCAGAAAUACACUAUGCAACAAAAUCGAACUUUUUUUAUCUUAAGGCUAACAAAAUUUAUGAAUUAUGGAUUUUUUUAUGAAUCAAGUGUUUUUUGAAAAAUGUUUGAAAAUUGUAUUUUUUUAAAGGUUUUUUUUUUAGAGGUAAGCUUGCUUUUUGUCACAAAAAUUGAGUAUGUUACACAUAAUUUUCCGCAGCUACCAAUCGGCCUUCAACACUUUGUAGCUUAAGCUUACCGUCAGGUCAGGGAAAUAUUAAGCCUUCAAAUGCAAAAAAAAAAAACAAAAAAAAAACCAUAAUUCAUUAUAUAUUUUUGCAGCCCCAAGUUCAGAAGAAAAAGUGGGUUUGAAAUAAAUCGUGGAAAAUAAAAAUAAAAGGAAAAAUUAAUACAAUUUAAGGGAGAAAUGAGAGAAAGUAGGAAAACGUUUUAAGUGAUAUUAUUUAGCAGAAUUUGAAUCUUAUUUGUCUUGCUAAAACAACACGAAACAUGGAAAGUCAAGAGAGGAGAAUAAACAAAACAAAAAUAAUUGCAGUAAAAGCAACAAACAAAAACCUUAGGAAAAAUUCGUAUAUUUUACAAAAAUAAAAAUACAAAUAAAAAAUCAAAUAAAACAAUAACAAAAUAUAUUUGUUUCUGUCAUUUUCCUUGACUCGAUUUCGGUUCGUUGUUAUCUCUAUAUUUACCCGAUAUCAAUCAUCAUUGUAUAAUUUAUCACGAUUAUUAUUCCGAUUAUAAUUAUUAUUAUUAAUGCAACGUCGGUAAUUACUAUUGUACGUAUGCACACUAGAAAAAAAAACUUAUUAAGAACGAACGAGUAUAGAACAAGAAAUGAAAAUCAAAUUCUUUUACCAAAGAAAAUACUUUUUUUAAGUAAUCGCAAAAGGGGGGAAUGGAAAAUUUAUCUUGUUACUGUCAGAAAAUAUUACUUACUUCAAAUAAAAAUUUUAAAGCGA